AUGGCCAGCAUCCCGCCCGUCAAUAAUCGCCGCGAGGUGUUUGCCAACUUUGAUGAGGCCACGUUCUCCAAGGCGCAUCUCCGUGCGAUGCUUGUCGCUGGCUCUGGUUUCCUCGUCGACUCGUACGACAACUUUGUCAUUGGCCUCAUCGUGCCCAUGAUUGCGUGGGAGUACUACCACCAGGGCAGUCUUCCGUCGUCGCGCGCCGAUGGCUGGGUCAAGGCCGCGUCGUCGUGGGGUAACGCGGUCGGUCAGCUCUCGUUCGCCGUCCUCGGCGAUAUCCUCGGCCGCAAGAAGGUGUACGGCAUUGAGCUCAUCAUCUUGAUUUUUGGCGCGCUUCUCUGCGCACUCGCUGUCUGGCCCGUCAACGGCGAGGCCGACAACGUCCUCAUCAUGCUUGCCGUCUGGCGCUUCAUCUUGGGUAUCGGCUGA